AUCAUGAAACCUGGUCUCAAUGCCAUUAUGGGCCCUCAAGAUGGAAGCAGGUCUUUGCUGUUAGAUGUCUUAGUGGCAAGGAAAGAUCCACGUGGAUUAUCAGGAGCAAUUUUGAUAAACGGAGCACCUCAACCUGCCAAUUUCAGAUGUAAUUCUGGUUAUGUGCCACAAAUUGACAUGGUGGUGGACACAGUGACGGUGAGAGAAAAUGUAGAGUUCUCAGCAGCUCUUCGACUACCAAUGACUGUAACAAGUGAUGAAAGAAGAAGGAGAAUUAAUGAAGUCCUUAAACUGUUGGGUCUGGAUAAAGUGGAAAAUUCCAAGCCUAUUUCAAAAGAAGACAGAAAAAGGACUGCUAUAGCAAUGGAGCUGAUCACUGACCAUCGCAUCUUGUUCCUGGACGAACCCACAACUGGUUUAAGUCUCAGCACUGCAUAUGAUGUCAUUUUGCUCUUGCAAUGGAUGUCUAGGCAGGGAAGAACAAUCAUCUUCUCCAUUAAUCAGCCUCAGUAUUCCAUCUUCAGACGUUUUGAUAGCCUCACCUUAGUGGCCAAAGGAAAAGUCCUGUUUCAUGGGCCUGCACAGGACGCUUUGGAGUACUUCGAAUUAGCAGGUUAUCACCAUGAGCCCCACAACAACCCUGCUGACUUCUUCCUGGAUAUUAUUAUUGGAAAUUCCUCUGCUGUGAUAUUAGAAAUGGAGGAAGAAGGCCAUGAAAUCAAUAAAGAGCUUUUCAAGAGAGAAAACCAAGUCACAGAAAAAUUAGCUGAGUUUUAUGCUCAGUCCUCCUUAUACAAAAAUACAAGAGCUGCUCUGGAUCAACUUUCAGGGGAACAGAAGGUGGAGAGUGUCUCAGCCUUCCAGGAGAACACGUGUGUCCCCUCCUUCUGGCAUCAGCUCAGGUGGAUUAUCUGGAGAUCAAUCAAAAACUACAAAGGUUUGCCCCGGGUCACUAUGAUUCAGGCAAUUAUCUCAGUCAUGCUGGCAGUGGUUGUGGGUACCACUUUCCGUGUCCUAAGAAAUGAUUGUAUUGAAGUCCUGGGUAGGAGAAUUCUGGUGUUGNNGCUGACGAUCUUCCAGUGUAUCACAAGUGUGUCUGCAGGGAUGCUCUUUGUGAUGGAGGCAAAGCGCUUUCUACACGAGUAUACCAGCGGAUACUACAGAGAGUUACCGUAUUUCUUUGGAAAACUGGUAUCUGAGGUGGUCCCCAGGAGGUUGUUGCCAAGUAUUUUAUUUAUUUGUAUAUUAUACAGCGUAGCAGAUUCAGAUUAUCAAGUCCUAUGUUUAAGUCCUUGA